CCCAUCCCCGGCUCCUCCCCUCCUCCUUCGCAGUCGCUCGUACUCAUCUUCUUCCCCAGAAACGCCGCUGUUUCCAAAUAUUCACUCCCCAGUCACCAUUGCCAAUCCACCGACUAGCCCUUCAUUGAUUGGUUCUGCAAUGAAAUGAACACUAGACCUGCUGCUAGCAUUGUGGAACCUUUGAAGAUAAAUGGCCGCUCGGUGAAGUAGAGAAUGAAAGAGAGCUCAAAGGCAGGACAGGACAGCUUCUCGCGGCUUUCUCAGACCUUUCUUCAGGGCUUGAAUCUCAACUUCUCCAACUAACAUUUCUCCUGAUUCCAGGUUGUAGAGAUUUGUUUUGGAAGUGGAUGGAUGGACCGAACGGUGAAUCCAGUACAAGCACCUGCAUUUCUAAACGGUUCAGUAUUUUAUGGAUGCCCAUCUGCCAUAUUGAGGUGGGCGCAUCCUAAGUGUCGUUCUUGUUUUGGAAAGAGAUUGGAGCUUACGAGGAGACGGCUUUUUGCUGCUCGUGGAGCUCGACUCUAUUUGCGAGGUGAUUUGGUUGCUGUUGAUCGUGUGAAGAAAAGCUCGAUUGAAUAUGAGACUGGAUACUUAUGUGAAGGGAAAUCGGAGAACUUCCCCCACAUACAAACUCUGAAAAAUUUCCCAAAGGAAGAGCUGUCUGGUAAAGUUGUCAUGGUCAGGUUUGACAGCUCCAUUUUACUUGGGGAGAAACUUGACAAGAACUCGCUGGCUGUCUCUAAUGCGCUCUUCACAGUUCAGUAUUUGCUUGCAACUGCGGAGAAAGUGAUUCUUGUGAGUGACUGGAAGAGGGAAGUGAGUUCCAAGCUUCUUGACUCACAGUCUGUUUCAGAUAUAUUAUCAUCACUUCUCAGGCGAAAAGUUGUUAGUUUGAAAUGCCUUUCCUGUGGCGUGCCGUUCAAGAGGGAACUCCUUGAGGAAGCUGAUAUAUUCCUUCUAGAGAAUUUAUCUGGAUUUAGAAAGGAGGUUGCCAACUGUCCAGAAUUUUCAGAACUACUCUCUUCGGAAGUUGAUGUCUUUGUUAACGACUCCUUUUCCUUGUCUCAUAGAGUCCUGGCUUCAACAGUCGGCAUUUCUCGUUUUUCACCAGCUUGUGUGGCAGGUUUUCAAUUUGAAGAAAGCCUGCGGGAGUUAAAGCGGGUUUUGAACACCGACAAAAGACCAUAUAUUGCAAUUAUUGGAGGGGCUAAUAUCCACGGAAAAGCAGCUGCCUUGAAACGUUUGGUUUCUGAAUGUGAUGGAGUAGUCUUUGUUGGAAUGAUGUCGCUGCAAAUUAUGCAUGCGUUGGAAUAUUCAAUCCCUUCAACUCUUCUUGAACCCAGGUCAUCUGAUGCAGCUGUAGAAGUUAUCCAAUCUGCUCGAUAUAGAAAGAUUCCAAUUAUAACGCCGAAAGAUUUUUGGUGCAUAAAUGAUAGUCCAGGAUAUCAAAUUGAAGUAAUUCCUGCUCAUCGACUGGGAGAAGGUUGGGUGCCUGUUGAUCUUGGGCCUAGGUCUCUUGAUGAAAUGGACUCUUUGCUUUCAAGUUGCAAGAAAGUAAUAUGGAUUGGACCAGUGAAAUUCAAGUCUUCACAUUCAAGUAUUUGUACAGAUGGAGCAUCUAAAGUGGCUCAAAUAGUAGAUAGGUUGGCACAACGGAAUUGUGAGAUAGCAAUUGUGGGGAAUAAAGCAUGCAGCACUAUGAUAAAGGAAUCAAGGUCUUCAGCCAGUUGUUCUGUCAUUGAGAAUGCUUCAGUUGUAUGGGAGGUUUUAAAAGGAAGGAAGCUUCCUGGGUUGUUGGCCUUAGACAGAGCAUUCCCAUUCAAGAUUGAUUGGACAAUGGCUUAUCGUAAUCCUGCUCAACCUUUGGUAGUUGACAUUGGAAGUGGAAACGGACUGUUCCUUUUCGGGAUGGCUUCAAGAAGGAAGGACCAAAACUUCCUUGGCUUAGAGGUUAAUAAAAAGCUUGUUAGGCGUUGCCUGGAUGGUGUUCAUCAAUCUGGGAUUCCGAACGGGUUCUUCAUUGCCACAAAUGCAACUUCGACAUUUCGCUCCAUUGUAUCAAGCUAUCCAGGAGAAGUAGUGCUAGUGUCAAUACAGUGUCCAAACCCUGACUUCAACAAUCCAGAGCAGAGAUGGAGAAUGGUGAAUAGAACAUUAGUUGAAGCAGUGGUUGAACUCCUUGCAUAUAAUGGAAAGGUAAAACAUUGGAUUUAUCAUUUAUCAAUCUCUUAACUCGCAUAUCUGCUGUUGCCAUUGCUAUGAUUCAUCAGUGUCUGUCUUUUUGUUUUGGUCGUCCAAGGUGUUCCUUCAAUCGGACAUAGAGACAGUUGUGUUGAGAAUGACAGACAUGUUCCUUAGACACAGCAAGGGUAAGCUCAGCAUUGUACGUGAUGGAACAACCAAGUCGAGGCAACAAGGGUCUUGGCUUCACGAGAACCCUUUUGGAGUUAGAUCGGAUUGGGAACAGCACGUUUUGGAUCGUGGCGAUCCCAUGUACAGACUAAUGCUCUGCAAAUCAGCGACAAGCUGAAUGUGUCAACUUCCAUGGAGAUUGUUGUAGCUAAAAGAUAAUAGUAGCUUCAUGUAUCCGAGGGAUCUAUCGGCUUUUGAGUAGUUGAGUUCCUGUGCUUUGAGCUGAAAAGGUAAAGCAUAUGCUUAAGGUAAUCCUAUUACCUGUUAGUAAAUUAGGUUAAUGAGGAGUUAUUUGUUAAUAGAUAGUUAGGGAUAUUUAGCUGCUUGUCGUUUGUUCCACCAAUCGAUCUUCUUCUGGACGGACGGCGUCCAAGGAUUGAAAAGGGUGAUCGACCUUCUUCACGUUUCGUUCCGCCGAUCAACGUUCUUCCCGUUGUUACUAGGAGUUACUGGAUGCUACAUGGAGUUGAUUUCGAGGAAGAGAGAGAGAGAAGGCGGUUAGAGGGUGCAUUGAUCACGCGAAAUUCCGUCUGAAACAAGCAGUGUGCCAUCGUGGUCUUUCCUCUCACAGUAAGCUUCGUGUCGGGUAAUGGCAGCGGGCGGCGCCAC